AGAGAGAGAUCAGCUGAAACAAGAACUGGUGGAAGUUAUUCCUGAGGUCCUUGAUCCCCAAUAUGGCAUGUAUGUUUGGCCCUGUGUGGUGGUUCUAGCCCAGUAUGUCUGGUUUCAUAGACUAGUUUGUGGCAAGAGAAUUUUGGAGAUUGGAGCAGGCGUAAGUCUUCUUGGGAUAGCUGCAGCAAAAUGUGGAGCAGAACUACUACUGUCAGAUAAUGCUGAGUCCCCUCAGUGUUUGAAGAACUGUCGAAGAAGCUGCCAGAUGAAUAACCUCUCAAGUGUGUAUGUCACAGGACUCACCUGGGGUCAUAUCUCACCCAGUCUGUUGGCCUUGCCUCCAGUGGACAUUAUUUUGGGAUCCAAUGUGUUUUUUGAACCAGAAGAGGCUGUGGCUGAUUUUACAAGACAAACAUAUCUCGGAAAUGUGGUUCUCCAUGCAAAUUAUGGGCACCAAUAG